AACACCACAAACACAUGGCAGGAAUUCCAGUUUGACCGGCGUACAAAUUACGAAUAUUCUAGAUUUUAACUCAAAAGUCACAAAAUAAAAUCUCUAUUCAUUUGUUAUAAGUUUCGUGCUGAUAGAAGAUAAAACUCCUAAAAAUGUCCAACGUAGUGAAACAGUUAAUUCCCUUGCUGGACAGAGUACUCAUCAAACGAGCGGAAGCAAUCACGAAAACUGCAGGAGGCAUUGUGAUUCCAGAAAAAGCACAAUCUAAGGUGCUCCACGGAGAAGUUGUGGCUGUGGGUACCGGCUCAAGAAAAGACAACGGAGACUUCAUCCCCAUCCUCGUAAAGGUGGGAGACAGAGUCUUGCUACCCGAGUAUGGCGGCACCAAAGUUAGCUUAGAAAAUGAUGAAAAGGAAUACCAUCUCUUUAGAGAAUCUGAUAUUUUAGCGAAGAUUGAGAAUUAAUUUUAGUGUUAGUUUUAAUUUCCCGCGGUUCGAAUUAUUGGUUAAUUAGUUAUUGUAGUGUCUGAACAUGAUGUGAUUGUGUAAUAUGUUCAUUGCUGUGGAACAUGAUGUUGUCUUUGCAUUUAUUAUAACGAUGUUAUAAAA